GCCGCGGGGCGGGCGGCGGGGCGGGGACUGGGGACUCGGGGCCGCAGCGCGCACCGGCUCCUUCCCGGACGGCGCCGCCCAUGGCCGAGGAGCAGGAGCCCGGGCCCGGGGCGGCCGAGGGCGCGGAGGCCCCGGCGGUGGAGACGCCGGGCUGGCAGGUCCCCGAGGACUCGGGCGCCCAGCCCGAAAGUUACGAGAUCCGACACUACGGACCAGCCAAGUGGGUUUGCACCUCCGUGGAAUCCAGGGACUGGGAUUCCGCCAUCCAGACCGGCUUCACCAGGCUGACCAGUUACAUCCAAGGCAAAAACGAGAAAGAGAUGAAAAUGAAGAUGACAGCUCCCGUGGUGAGCUACGUGGAGCCGGGCUCGGGGCCUUUCAGCGAGUCUACCAUUACCGUUUCCCUGUACGUCCCCUCCGAGCAGCAACCCGAUCCGCCCAGGCCCUCAGAGUCCGAUGUCUUCAUUGAAGACAGAGCCGCUAUGACUGUGUUUGUGCGACUCAUCCACACACGAGAAGCAAUGGCUCCAAUCAAUAUUCUUCAGAAACAGGAGGGCAGAAAUCAGGCCCAAGUUGAGGCUGCUUCCAACGGACAAUCCAACUAUCUAUGAGAUUUCAUAUCCAAAAGCCAACACUACUUUUCUAAAAUUAAGAAGAAAAAAGUCCUUGUUCCCAGUGUACUAGAUAAUUGCUCCAACAGGUAAAAAGUCCUUUGCUUUUGGCCAAAGGUCAGGUCUUGAUUUCUAUUGUGUAAAACGAAGUGUUUAAUUUUUUUUUUUCAGAGAAUGGAAGAAGCCUUAAUUCUUUAGAGGUUUUUUUGGUUUGUUUUUGUUUUGCUUUUGUCUCAAAGAUGUGUCUAAAGUGGGCAUCUGAUCCUUAUGAUGAUUUGGCCUGUGUGGUCCAACUUUGAGAUGAUAUUUUCACAUCAGGGAAGAUGACAUUGGGCAGCUGUCUUAUAUGUAAUCUAAGCAUCUCAGCAUUGCCACCUUAGGUCCCUCUAAUGAAGACAAGACACCGAUUUUAUUUCACCAACAAAUCAAGUACAUGGCAGUCGGAAGGGCAUUGGGGGGGGGGGGGAGGGAAGCACAAGAACAUGACAUAAAAAUAAAUACACACGUUUUCCCAUGUCUAAAAGUGUUAAAUUCUAACUAAAGAAGAUUGGGAGGUAAUUACCUAACUCAAUUAUUUAUAAAAAAGUAUAUAAAAACACACAAACCAUGUGAUGCAAAAAAAAAUCUUUUUAAUCUAAAAACUCAUUUCCCAGGGCCAAUUCAUUGCCAAGCCCUACCAAUUUUUAUCAGUUUAUUAGACUAACAAGAGCUAUUCAGCAUUUUUGUCAAAGUAAGAUAAUAUAUAAUAGAUUUCGAUAAACCUUUCUCAGUGAGGAUAUGGUACUGCAGGCAGUUCAAGGAAAAAUAGCCAUAACUUUUUCUUUGGUGUAACCAAAAGGAUAUCCAAAAGUUAGCAAAUGUUGACGUUUCAAGUGGUAAGAAAUUGCCAAACGUAAGUUUAAACUCUGGUAAAAAACAGUUGUACAAGGAAAAGCUCCACCCACAGUUCUGUAGUGCAAGUUUUCAAAUUUCAUUCUGAAAAAUAAGUUUAUUUCAUUAGCAGAAAACAAAUUGCAGCAGUGUAUCACUCGCUCCUCUGCCUUCUCUCACCCUCUCUGCAUGUGCACACCCUCAUUUCAGUUCUCGAAGGUCCUCGCUAGAAAGGAGGAAAUUCAUUUAAAAAUCACCCAUGUUUCUAAACAUCGGGCUGAGAGUGGUGUCUGUGGCUGCAGGGCAGCAGGCUCCGACCACAGCGUUUCCACUUCCACAUGUUUGUCAUUUUUACAAAAAAAGAAACAAAAGCCUUUUUUCCCCCAGAAAAAAGUACCUGAACCAAUUAGUCACUUAGCCCUUUCCCUACCUUUCGGGUUCACCAUGAAAGCACACCUGUGCAUAUACCCAUGCGUUCUGUGCACUCAGAACCAGCAAAUCUACCACCUCGUUCUCCAAGAGCGGUCCUCUCCCUUCCAGAACCCACUCAUUUCCACAACAGACUUUCAAAGCAUCACCACCUAGUCCAGAAACCUCCAUUACUUUGUGUCUUUCCCCCUCCUAUAUCUGUACAUGUUGUUUGUGUGUCUAUUUUUUUAAACAUAAAAAGUGUUCAAAAUGCACACAUACACACCUGUUCACACACACCCAACAUUUA